AUCCCCUCCCCUCCUCUCUCACUCAGCAUACAUACACUUUCAUGCAGAGACGGGAGGACUAUUUUUUUAUUCGUCCAGGUCGUUUUAAUCCGUUCUAGAGAAGCGUUUAUCAUGCUAAUGUACCUUGGUUUACUGCUAUUUCCAACGACCUAACAAAAGUUGAAGCCUGUCAUUUGAAUAAAGUCGUCACUUGACUGCGUAUAUAUUUUAUUUUCUCCGAUACGUGCUCUCAGGAGGAUAUACAGUCGCAUCCUGUUUGAAACUGAAGGAAGAUCUUCACACGGAAGCCUGGAUCUGUGAUUCUAGGAUUUGGUCGCCUGAGGCUCUUUCGCACCUGCCAGCAAAAUGUCUGCCCCAGAUGCCAAUGCAAGCCCGGGAGCCCCAGGAGCCCCAGAGGGUGAGGGGGGCUCUUCCUCCCAACCUCCCAACCUCACCAGCAACCGUCGUCUCCAACAGACACAGGCCCAAGUGGAUGAGGUGGUUGAUAUCAUGCGUGUGAAUGUGGACAAGGUUCUGGAAAGAGAUCAGAAGCUAUCAGAACUGGACGACCGGGCAGACGCGCUGCAGGCCGGAGCAUCACAGUUUGAGAGCAGCGCUGCGAAACUGAAAAACAAAUACUGGUGGAAGAAUGCUAAGAUGAUGAUCAUUAUGGGAAUCAUGGGGGUCAUCUUGGUGGGCAUCCUUUUCAUGUACUUCUACUACUGAGCCUCUCGGGGGACGCACAAGGACAUGAGACUCUGGCUUUGUGUGAACUCCACCCCUCCUUCUCUCCCCACCAAUGCCUUUCAUUAAAUCCACAGUGUGUGUGUGUGUGUGUGUGUGAAUGUGUGUGCAGUCAUUGACGCAGUGCCUCUCCCUCCCUUUGUCUGUCACUGCAUUUCUUUGUACCUCUCUUGAGUGCUUUGCAACAGUGCCCGAGCUUACUCAAAAACUCCUUCGGUUAGGAAUAUCUACUUAUGGUUUUAGAUUGAAGAAUGUGUUGGCCCUUUUCAGGCCCCUCCAAAAAAAACAUAUAAUAAAAAAUUAUGGGUGAUGCAAUAAUGUAGAUUUGUAGCACUGGUCCAAAUGAACCCAUGAAUAACUAAAGAGGGGAAAUGAAAGUUUGAGUUUAGGAUCAAGUCAUGCAUUUAUGCAUAGAAGCCAAAGUGUACUAGUUUCCCCAGAAACAUCAGCUGUGGUCCUAUCUUUAGAGUAUUAACAAAGUGCAACUGCAAUGAGAAUUAACAGGAAUAUUUUUUUAAAUUAGUUUUAACUCUCCUCCAUAUAUAGAUUCCUAUUAGCAAUUUGUUUUCACUUCUUAAUAUGAAACAUUAAAGACCUGAAUGGUUUUAGAGCGGUAAAGACUUAUAUGAUUUAAAUGUCUUAAAUUGAUUAGUGAUUUAGGAUGUUAAUUCCUUCUACAGUAUAUCAUAUAAUGUAAAACAUGGAUGGGGCAAUUUUUAUAAAUCAUUUUAAGAUUUAAAAUGUUUGAAAAAAGCAUAAGAGAAAGAUUGUAGGAUGUUUUAAGCAUCUCCAGUUGACUUAAGAGAAAUAUCUGAUCACAAAUUGUCACUUUUGCUGCUUGAUGUUAUGUCUUUGACAUUAAUGUCAGCCAGAAGAUCAUUAGAGUCUGGAGGAAAAAACAGAGAUGAAAAUAUUUAACUUUAAUGGUAAGAUGUGGUGUAAAAUGAAGAUCUAACAUUACAGUAGUGACCACAAUAUCAAAAAUAUCAAGAGUAGAUUUUUAAUAUAUUUAUAGGUUAAAGAUUAUUUUGACAAGUGUGCUCACAAAUGCAAUUUAUUUAUUGCUAAAUUAAAUGUGACUAUUAAAAACUUGGUCAAAUCAAUGGUGAAAUUUAGAUCUAGAUCAUAUACACCUCCGACUUUACUGGCAACAUGAUGUCUUUGGGUUGAGUGAACUACUGCUGAUAUGCAAAAUGAAGAAUAACAGGAGUAGAUUAAUGUAUUUGUAAAUAUCCAGGAUUCAGGGUGGGAGCAGAUACCUAAUCAGCACUGGAGAAGACAAUGUUCAGGGAUGUAACUCUGCAUGUGUUUGUGUAAAAUAUACAUGGGCACUUUAACCACCUUCAUUAUAGUGAUUGUAGGUUUAACUGGACAUUCUUUUGGUAUUAAGGACAUAUUGUCCAGCACCUAAAACUAUGAAAAUUUGCUCUCUGUUGACGUAGAAUUUAAUGCAAGAUGAUCAUUUGUGAAUAAUAUCCCCUACAUUCAUCAUUAACCUAAACUGCAAACCUAAUGCAGGGCAGUGAACAUUAUUCCCUUAAAAAAAAAAAAUGUCUACAUGUGUUAUAUGCAACUUGUAAAUAUGUGCUGCAGAGAUGCAUAAAAUACCAGUUCCUGUCCCUGAGCAUUUUAAGCCAAGCUGCUAACUUGUGGUUCAUUUUAAAGCAUGUCUGCUUGCCCACCAUGUGCUGAUUCUAAUAAAGUGCUGAUGCUGUUA